AUGUUGGCGGUCUUCUUUGUCCGCGUCAGCAUGCCCCACACCCGACCCUCGGAUGCUUUCCGGGUACCCCGGAUUCCGAGCUCCGAACAGUUUCUGAUUAUUAUUGUGUUUGAAACCGACGGGGAAGUGCCUGAUCCUCCGAAACCCGCUCCCAAGAAGGGCGCCAAGAAAGCUCCGUCCAAACCGGCGAGCAAGUCUGGCAAGAAGCGCAAGAGGUCGAGGAAGGAGAGUUACAAAGUGAUGAAGCAGGUUCUCCCCGACACCGGCAUCUCCUCCAAGGCCAUGAGCAUCAUGAAAUCAUUCGUGAACGAUAUCUUCGAGCUCAUCGCGGGUGAGGCUUAUCGCCUGGCCGACUACAACAAGCGGUCCACCAUCAGCUCCCGGGAGACCCAGACCGCCGUGCGCCUGCUGCUGCCCGGGGAGCUGGCCAAGCACGCCGUUUCCGAAGGGACAAUGGCGGUGACCAAGUACACCAGCUCCAACUGAAGACAAGUUUACUGACAAAACAAACGGGAAAAUCAAAGAAUCUUUUAAGAGCCACUCACGGUUUCAUUAAAAGAAUAUUGCGACUUGGACUUGAGACAGCUGCACCAUAGACCCUGAAAGUGACAUCAGGAAUAUCUUCUCCGCAAGUUACAGUGAGCAUCUGGGUUAAAUCUGAUCAACAGCACAAGGUCAGAAACUUAGUGUCACUACCAAAAGUUCCAGCCAAUAGAAGUUCAACACUGUAUAAUGUGUGUUAAAGAAAUGUGAAAUAGUGCAACACUUGUAAUAAUAAUUAACAAUCAAUGAAGCAUACAAACAAUGUGUUCUUCAUUAGCAUUUAUUGUAAGACUGGAAGUGGUUACUACUGAUAUUGGCAACAUUUAUUCACCAUACCUAAUAUCUGUGCUCUUGAGAUUGUCCCCAUUAAACACAAAAUUAUUAUAAAUAAUUAAUUUUAGACGUACUUAUUUAAGACCAUAUGACAUAAGAGCAGAAUGAGAUAAUCUGGCCCAUUGAAUCAGCUCUGCCAUUCAAUCACUGAUGAUCCUUUGUUUUAUCUCCUCCUCAACCCCAUGAGAAAGUAAGGAUACAUGGGAUCCAAGGAGACACUGCUUUGUGGAUCCUGAACUGACUUACCCCAAGAAGGCAAAAUGUGCUUGGAGACGGGUCAUAUUCUGCAUGGAGGCCAGAGUCCAGUGUUGUGCCUCAGGGAUCUAUUCUGGGACUCCAACUCUUCGUGAUUUUUAUAAAUGACUGAGACGAGGUAAUUUAAUGAGAUGAGGCAUUAAUAAGAUGCAAAACUGGGCUGAGAAAUGGUAGAUGGAGUUCAACCCAGAUAAGUGUGGCCUGGUUCAUUUUGGUAGGUCAAAUAUGAUGGCAGAAUGUAGAGUUAAUGCCUAGACUCUUGGCAGUGAGGAGGAUCAGAGGGAUCUUGGGGUCCCAGGCCCAAAUUUUCUUUAAAUAACUAUUUAUGGUUCUUAGUAAUUGUUCCAUCCAAAUAAGUAAGUUUAUUUCUUACAAUUUUAAAAGGAAGGUUAGUAUUAAUUGAUACUAAAUGAUUCAAUAGAAUAAGUUCACUCUUAUCCUGAAUACUGACUAAAACUGGAGACAAAAGAAUGUACGAUAGCUAAUAAAGUCUCAACAUUAGGAAUAUAAAGCAAAAGGUCAUCGGCAUAAUGCAAAAUUUCUAAGGUAAGGACAUGUUCGGCACAGCUUUGUAGGCUGGAGGGCCUGUAUUGUGCAGUAGUUCCGUGUUUCUAUGUUUCUAUAAUAUCUGUUUCCUCAACAUUUCAUGUCCCUCCACCAAUAUUCCUAAUAUCUGCAAACCUGGCAGGAAAGCCAUCUAUUCCUUCAUCUAAGUCAUCAUAUACAGCAUAAAAGUAAGUGGCCCCAUAGGAACCCUGCGGAUCACCACUAGCCACUGGCAGCCAACCAGAACAGGAUCCAUUUAUUCCCACUCGCUGCCUCCUACCAAUCAGCCAAUGUACUACCCAUGUUAGUAACAUUCUUGUAAUACCAUGGGCUCUUAAUUAAAUGCGCAGCCUUCUGUGUGGCACUUGUGUCAAAGGACCUCUUAACGCCCAGAUAUACAAAAUACACUGCAUCCCCUUUAUCUAUCCUGCUGGCAUUCUCAUCAAAUUAUCGCAAAAGGUACAUAUUUUUAGCCAGAUGGUGGAGGAAUUAUGGAAUUCGUUGCCACAUACAGUGUGGAGGCCCAAUCAUUGAAGGUGCUUAAGGAGGAGAUUGAUAGGUAUCUAAUUAGUCAGUGUAUCAAGGGAUAUGGGGAAAAAGUCGAAAAUUGGAUCUAGAUGGGAGAAUAGUUCAGCUCAUGGUGGAGUGGCAGAGCAGACUCAAUGGGUCGAAUGUAAUAUGAAUUAUUAAUAGAGUAAACGAAUAGACUAUAACAGAGACAGUACUUAGCUCAUGACGAAUUAAUGUUGUCACAAAUAAAGUGACUAUGAAUCACUGAUUAUUUCUACUUGGCAUAAUUUAUAAUUAUUUAAUUAUUUCUGGUUAAAUAUUGCUAUAUUUCUACACAAUUCCUGCUUAGUAUGAAUGUAACGAGACCCAAUUUCCUUCGGGAUCCAUAAAGUAUGUCGUUCAGUCUGUCUGUCUGACUGAAGUUUCUGGCAGACUGAAUUCCUUCCGAUGGAUCAUUGCUGGGAGUGCUCGUUCCUUUUGGGCAGCU